AUUUAUGAGGAUGAGGAGCUGCUUGUGUUUCGAGCGCGAGACGGAGAUGUUUUGCUGAAACAGCAGAAUGGAUAACUGGUCGAACGCGUCAUCGAGUUUGUGCGCCUGGAACGCGCCAGAAAACGCGCCACACCGGGAGCUGGACUUUGAUUUCCCGCUGCAUCUCUACCCUGUGCCGGUAUUAACCGGGAUAACCGUGACCUGCUCGCUCCUGUUCCUGGUAGGGAUUAGUGGAAACCUGCUGACCAUCCUAGUGGUCCUAAAGUACAAGGACAUGAGGACCACCACUAACCUGUACCUGUGCAGCAUGGCGCUGUCGGACCUGCUGAUUUUCCUGUGCAUGCCCCUGGACCUGUAUCGGGUGUGGCGUUAUCGGCCCUGGAACCUGGGUGAACAUCUAUGUAAGCUCUUCCAGUUUGUCAGUGAGAGCUGCACCUACUCUGCAGUGCUGAGCAUCACAGCUCUGAGUGUCGAGCGCUACCUGGCCAUCUGCUUCCCUCUCCGGGCCAAAGUUCUGGUGACCCGCCGGCGCGUGAAGGUUCUUAUCCUGCUGCUGUGGUUCGUGGCACUGUGCUGUGCCGGACCCAUCUUUGCUCUGGUGGGUGUCGAGCAUGAGAACGGUACUGACCCGUACAAAACUAACGAGUGCAAAGCGACCGAGUACGCGAUCCAGUCCGGACUGCUUAAUGUCAUGCUGUGGAUCUCCAGCGUGUUUUUCUUCCUGCCUGUGUUGUGCCUCACUGUCCUCUACAGCCUCAUCAGCCGCACUCUGUGGAGGAGGAAGAAGAAUCCAGUGGGACCCAUGUCCAGCCGGGACAGCAACAACACCCAGACUGUGAAGAUGUUAGCGGUGGUGGUCUUUGCGUUUGUUCUCUGCUGGCUGCCAUUCCAUUUGGGUCGUUAUCUGUUCUCCAAAUCAUCUGAAGCUGAUUCUCCACUAAUUACUCAAAUCAGUGAAUACUGCAACCUCGUCUCCUUCGUUCUGUUUUAUUUCAGUGCCGCCAUUAACCCCAUCCUCUACAACAUCAUGUCCAAGAAGUACAGGGUCAUGGCCUGCAGGCUGUUUGGAAUGAGAUGCUCUCAGGAGCGCUCAAAGUCGACCACUUUGAAUUCUGAGAACUGCCCUGUGUGGAAUGAGUCCAGUGGAACCACAUGACCGAGGAGGAGUGGGUUCUCCUCUGAGGGCUAAGAUGUUUCUGUGGAAAUGAGAAGAUUCACAAAAGCCCUUCUGACUCUUUACGCAAUUUUUAAGAGGAAUGCGGUUACAGAUGAAAUUUAGAACACAUCACUGACUUCAUAAACUGGAUAAUCACUGCAGUAGAGUACAACUUUUUCAUCAUAAAAGCCCUGAACU